AUGAACCUAUUGUCUUCAUUUUGUGUCCAGAACCUUGUUGCUGUGCUCAUUGUACUGAUGCAAGGAAAAGCACUGCCACUGAUUUCAACCUACUCUUUCCUCCUCACUGCAGCUUCAACAAUCACUGCUCCUCGUAGCUUUGGUGGAAACGAGACGGAUUAUGAAGCCUUGCUAGCCUUCAAAGCAAAGAUACAAGACCCGCACAGUAAUACCUUGAGCUCGUGGAAUGAUUCUCUCGAUUUCUGCAACUGGCCAGGGAUCACAUGUGGCCGUCGACAUGGAAGGGUCAGAAUUAUCAAUCUAGUGGACCAAAAAUUGGCUCCUUACGUGGGAAACAUUAGCUUCCUUCGAGAAAUAAGACUCGCAAACAACAUAAUUCAUGGUGAAAUUCCACCUGAAGUUGGGCGUCUGUUGAGAUUACGAGUUCUGAUGCUGACCAAUAAUUCCAUAGAAGGCAAAAUUCCAGCCAACUUGUCAGGCUGCUCCAGCCUUGCAGAGCUCUAUAUUGAUCGUAACAAGCUUGGGGGUGAGAUUCCUAUGGAGCUUGGUUUCUUGUCAAAGCUCACAAUACUCUCUUUUCGUCAGAAUAAUCUCCAGGGAAAGAUACCGCACUCCAUCGGUAAUCUUACCUCCCUUGAAAGUUUGUCUUUGAGAAGAAAUGUUUUGGAGGGAACUAUUCCUGAUUCUUUAGGCCGACUGAAGAGAUUAACUAGUCUUCUGCUCGGUGAAAAUAAACUUUCGGGUUUCAUCCCUCCAUCUCUAUAUAAUCUAUCGUUGAUUACUACUUUCUAUUUGGGUGGCAAUGGAUUUCGCGGAAGUCUUCCGUCGAAUUUAGGCUUGCAUUUGACGGGAAAAAUACCUGAUAUUUUUGGAAAACUACAUCAUCUCUCUCGACUGCAUUUCGGAAGUAAUAACCUGGGAACCGGAGGAGAUGAUGAAAUGGCGUUUCAUGCUUCUCUGACCAACUGCAGCAUGUUAAAAGUUGUGAGCAUCAACAACAACAGAUUAGAAGGAUCGCUGCCGAUUACAGUAGGAAAUCUUUCAACAUAUAUGGCUUAUUUUGGGCUCUCAGGAAAUCACAUAGUCGGACGGAUCCCUUCAGGUAUAGGGAACCUAGUUAACUUAACUUUCCUAUACAUGGAUCGAAAUCAAUUCACUGGUGAAAUUCCAGCUUCUUUUGGUAAUCUACGAAAGCUAGAGCAGUUUUCACUCUUUUCCAAUAGACUGUCAGGAAAAAUUCCAUCUUCUUUAGGAAAUCUGUCAUUGUUGAGUGUCCUUUAUUUAGAUGAUAACAAAUUAAAAGACACCAUCCCUGCUAGUCUUGGAGGUUGUAAAAACUUGGUGUCGUUGGGCCUUUCUAGAAAAAACCUCAAUGGCAGCAUACCAGAACAACUUUUCGGUACCUCCUCUGUAUUAUUUUCACUGAAUCUAUCUCAUAACCAAUUUACUGGUUCCUUGCCUUCAACCAUUGGUAGUCUAAAAGGUCUGAGUGAACUGGAUGUCUCUUGGAACAUGCUGUCUGGUGAAAUUCCAACUAGCCUUGGAGGAUGCACCAGCCUCGAGGUCCUGCACAUGGAGGAUAAUUUCUUCCAAGGAUCUAUUCCUUCAUCAUUUAGUUCUUUGAGGGGAAUUCAAUUUCUUGACCUUUCUUGUAACAAUCUGUCAGGCCAACUUCCAAACUUUCUUGUGACAAUCCCUUUCAUAAGUUUAAAUCUUUCCUAUAACAAUUUUGAGGGGGAGGUUCCGAGGAAGGGAGUUUUCACAAACGAGAGUGCAGUAUCAGUUGUUGGAAAUGACAAACUUUGUGGUGGAAUUUUGGAAUUGCAUUUGCCUGAAUGUCCCAACAAAGAGCCAAAGAAGACAAAAAUGUCUCAUCUGCAAUAUUUAUUGGCAAUCACAAUACCUUGUGCUCUUGUUGGAGUCAUCACUGUCUCAUCUUUCUUGUUUUGCUGGUUCAAAAAGAAAAAAAAGGAGCACUCUUCUAAUACUCAAUAG